CAUGUGGAGGCCCUCUUGGUGGGGUUCAGUUGUCUGUAAGAGUCCGUGAGGCACAUGUCCGCCAUCAUGUAUCCCAUGGCUGUAACAUCAGGACCGUUGGCCUCUCACAAUGUGAGAGUGGCCGAAUCGUGUGCUGCUGCUGCUGCUGCUGCCGCUGCAUCGUGUUCUGUUGUGUCUGGGGGUUCUGCUGCUGUAUCUGCUGGUGUUGUUGUGGCUGCGGGUUCUGCUGUGUCUGGUGCGGCUGGUGUUGCGACUGUUGUUGCGGCAGCCUCAGCCCCUUUUGCUGAUGAUCAUGUUCGGGCUGCACAGCUGGCUGGGUCAUCGGCUGCUGCUGUUGCGGCAUCCGCCAGUGUUGUUGCUGCUGUAUGUUCUGCUGUGUCUGGUGCGGCUGCGUUUGCCGUAUUUGCAGCUGGUUUUGCGUCUGGUUUUGCGGUUGCGUCUGCCGUUUCUGCUGCUGCUGCUGAUGGUCCAGCUGCGGCUUGUGCUGUUGCUGCUGCUGAGGGUUCUGCUCCUGUUGGGUCGCUUGCGGGUGGUUUGCUUGUUGGUGCCCCUUUGCCUGUGUCCCGCCAGUUGUUGGGGUGUUGGACGACUGGUUGUUGGGUUGGCUGAGUUCUUCUCUGCUUCUUUGUCUUUCCUGUCUGCCCCUGGGGUAGCUGUUGCGUGCAAGUGUGUUUGUCGGUGAGGGGGGCGGGGGUCCUUCCCCUUCCCAUUUCCAGACUCCCGGGGUUUUAAUGGCUUUCCUAUAGAAAACCCAGCCGUGGUAUGACUUAUCUUCUGAUACCCACCUCCCCGGUCCAUCCGGAUGCAGUUUUACAAGU